CCUUCCCGCACCCACCCCUCGACCUCAUCGCCACUCAUGGACAUCGACACUCAGGAUGAAGCCGUGGGCCUCGCGCUCUUCGACACCACACCAGAGUCGUUUGCGACCCUCCUGCGCAUGCCCAUCCUCUCGCGCCCGUUCAUCCUCUCGUUUACGCCCGCUCACACCCGUCCGCCCGCUCCCUCGCCGCCUGCUCGUGCACUUCCAUCGCCCGUCUCGCCCACUGGGACCCACCUGUCUGACGCUCCUCCCCGUUCUCGGCCGCUCCCCGUUCUCGACCGCUAG